AUGGACUUCGAACAGUAUGGGCAGAGCUCCCAGCAGCCUAGACAACGAAGGAGAAGAGCUGGAAAGCGUCGAUUGAAUAGCAAGGCUCCGAUCGCAGCGCGCCUGGCAUUGGACCCCCAGCUGCGUGGGAAGGUCGGCAUCUUAUCCGAGGAUCUAGCCAACGACCUCUUCCAGCAGCAGGCUCUCCAAGAUGUCACAACUUCCGACGAUGGAGUUCUAUAUGUUGCGAUUGCCCCGCAUACCCCGACCUAUACAACGGUGGAGGACCAAGCCUGGACGAUACUCCCGGUACGAAUUCAGCCAACAGAGAGGUCGCCAGUUCCAUUGUCACACUCCACCGUCUUGUUUCCCGAGUCCGCCGAUUCCCUCCAACCUUUCCUCCAGGCUCUAGGGAAAGUUGACAGCUCGCGCAACUCCCUCCAGGCACAUCGGUCUGUAGAGAUCCGAAUUCUGGAUGUUGCUCCCAUCCACCUCGAUACCAUUUUCGUGACGGUAGAGCGACACCUACUUCGCAACCAUGACGAUAUCCAGAACAAGUUCGGCGGAGGAUUCACGAAUGCACAGGGGCCAAAUGGACUCUGGGGCAAGUCGGCUAAGACCGCAGAAGCUAGGAAUUAUUCGAAGCGCGCCACUGCAGAUGCUGAGCAACGCCUGACAGUCGCAGUUCGUGAAGCAUUGGGAGCACAGCGGAUAGUACACACAGGAGACGUUUUACCACUUCCUUUGCCUCCGCACCCUAUUACCUACGCGCCGCCCCCGCCUGCACGAAUCUCGUUCUGCGAGCCUGUUUCGCAAGGUCUCCUGAUACCAACUACAAAGAUUGUACUUGUUCAGGCUCGGCCUCAAGGACUUCGGCCCCAACAGAGUCUACCAUCUAGGUCAGCACUUCUGAAACAAGUGGCCGAAGACGAAGCCGAUGACACAUCCAACGAACAGUUCUACUCCGCCGCGGAAGACAAGCCAGGUGAAAGUGGAACAGAAAUGGAAGCUACAUCCGCUGCCGAGGAGUCAGAGACAGAGGGCUCUGUUGGUUCUAUGAGCGACUCCUCGGAUGACUCUUUGGAAGACAUGAUUUCCCUGAGUGCGCCCGAGCUGCCCCAGCCUGCGUCUGGAGCUAUGUCUGCUCUCACCUCGGCGACCCCAAGAGCCGGUGGCCGUCGAAUGGAUGGAAUUCACACACCCGGGUCUGUAGCAUCAAACUUCACAUCGGCCACCAUGCGUCCCGGCCGUGGUGGAGGAAAGACAUUCAAAGUUGAGGGUCUCUUGCAACAAGUCCCCAACGAGGUGCUUCAUCCACGACCCCGUGAUGAUGAAGAUGUCGACGCCUUCAUCUUCGUGGACAUCAGCACAUUGGCCAAGAUCGGGUGCUUCUCUGGUGACUGGGUCAGGAUCGAGGCCGCCGAGGAGCCUCAAAUGAAUAUGUUUGCCUCACUCAAGUUCGGAAGCUUCAAUGACUCCCCCGAAGACUCCGGCGAUUGGCGCCCAGUCAAGAUCUUUGGCCUGUCAGGCCUUCCGUCAUCCAAACCACGAUAUGCAAUUAACCACUCCGGCGAACGUCGAUCUAGUAUCCCCCAACGCCCACCAACUCGCCUGACCCCUUCCGUUUUUGUCCCUCCGCUACUUCUUGGUAACAUCGAUAAUCCCAAAUACCUACGAAUCUCUCCCAUGACAUUUGCGGCUCAAAACGGAGCUUCCAAGCCUGGUCUCCUACACCACAUGAAGAACACUGCUAUCAAGAACCCACCAUUGGCGAAAGAAGUCACACUUCUUAAGCUUUCAACCCCCCUUUCGAUGGAUCGCGUUCUCCAGCCUGCGCUAUUCGCAGGACUGAAGCAGUACUUUGAGUCGCGCCGACGGAUCCUCAAGAGCGGCGACCUGGUCGGCAUCAGUGUUGAUGAAGGACUUGGCAGAGCGGUCUUCUCUGGAACUGCUGGCGGUGACAGUGCCAAUCAGGAAGAAGACAUAACAAUCAGAUUAGGCCAGAAUUCCAAUUCUGGGAGCUCUGGCGCCCGCAAAAUCGGCGUUGCCUGGUUCCGUGUGGGCCAGGUGGCACCGACUGCUGUGGAGGAGCUUGAGGAGACAGGCGAAGAUCAAUGGGGUGGAGUUGCCGUCCUCGACCCAGCAACCACUCGCAUGGUUCAGGCUGGAAGCGACGUCAGCCGAGUUCCUGGCGUGUUGGAUAAUGGGUGGGAGUACUGGCUAGGUGUUAAGACGAUCCCUAAGAGCGUCCAUGACGCUCCGGCACCUCAUGGCAUCAUUGCCGAUCCACCUCAAUCAUUCACCCCAGUUCUGCAGCAGCGUAUCCGGGACUUGAUGUCCGCUGCCACAAGCCCUAGAGCUAUUCAGUUGGGGAUGAAGCCUGUCUUCAUUCUGCUCACAUCACAACAGAGACAUAUUGGCAAGGCAACGGUCGCAACUCGGGCUGGUGCAGAUAUCGGUCUCCACACAUUCCCCAUUGACGCAUAUGAUAUCUUGACUGAAGGCGGUGCAAAUGGCGGCGAUGUUAAGACAGAGGCAUACCUCAAGGCGCGCGCCGAACGGGCUUUCCACUGUGGAGCAAACUGCACCUCUCUGCUGAUCAGGCACAUUGAGGUGCUUACUGCUGAUCGCAUUGUGACUGCAAUGACUGAUAUCUUGGCGGAUGCUAGGGUUGUCAUUGCAACCACCACCGAUGUUGAAUCAAUUCCUGAAGGUAUUCGCAGCCUCAUCACCCACGAGUUCGAGAUGGGUGCUCCGGAGGAGAAAGAACGUGAGGGAAUCUUGAACAACGCCGUCGCUGAGCGUGGCAUCAAGCUUGCUGCUGAUGUCGAGCUGGGAACCAUUGCCCUCAAAACAGCCGCACUUGUCGCAGGAGACCUCGUUGAUGUCGUGGAGCGAGCUGCUGGAGCGAGAACAACUCGCCUCGAAGGUUUAGCGGAAGCAAGUAAGAAGCUAUCCGGUUCUGAGGUCUUCGUGAGAGACGUUCUGUUGGCAGGAGGUGACAGUGCGCGCGGUGUCAACAAGGCGGACUUCGACUUUGCCGUUGAAGCUGCUCGGAAGAACUUCGCUGAUUCGAUCGGCGCACCAAAGAUUCCAAACGUCGGUUGGGACGACGUUGGUGGAUUGACCAAUGUCAAGGACGCUCUGGUCGAGACCAUCCAGUUGCCACUCGAACGACCAGAGCUUUUCGCAAAGGGCAUGAAGAAGCGCAGUGGCAUCUUGUUCUAUGGCCCUCCUGGUACAGGAAAGACACUCCUUGCGAAGGCCAUUGCAACCGAGUUCUCUCUGAACUUCUUUUCCGUCAAGGGUCCUGAAUUGCUUAACAUGUACAUUGGUGAAUCCGAGGCAAAUGUGCGUCGGGUAUUCCAACGUGCCCGCGAUGCUCGUCCUUGCGUUGUAUUCUUCGACGAGUUGGAUUCCGUUGCGCCCAAACGUGGUAACCAAGGAGACAGCGGUGGUGUGAUGGAUCGUAUCGUCAGUCAACUGCUUGCAGAGCUGGACGGUAUGAACGGCGGCGAGGAGAACAGCGGUGGUGUGUUCGUCAUUGGCGCAACCAAUCGUCCCGAUCUGCUUGACACAGCCCUCCUUCGCCCUGGCCGUUUCGACAAGAUGCUGUACCUGGGUGUUUCAGACACCCACAGGAAACAGGCGACUAUCCUCGAGGCUCUGACUCGAAAGUUCGCCCUUCACCCUGAAGUCUCCCUUGACCGUGUCGCCGAGCAGCUUCCGUUAACGUACACUGGUGCUGAUCUCUAUGCGCUCUGCUCUGAUGCCAUGUUGAAGGCCAUUACCCGAAAAGCUACAGCUGUGGACGACAAGAUCAAGGCCCUGCCUAACGGCCCCGUCAGCACUGCUUGGUUCUUUGACCACCUAGCUACCCCAGAAGAUGUGAAUGUGCUAGUUAUGGAGGAAGACUUCUUGUCUGCUCAAGGAGAGCUUGUCCCCAGUGUCAGUGCCAAGGAACUCGAACACUUUGAGCGAAUCCGAAACACAUUCGAAGCAGUGGACAAGUCCAAGCAAGACCCCGGCGCCGCAGCACCUCAGACGAUCGCAGAGGCAAUGGAAGCAUUUAACCUAGGCGGUGCCGCAGCUCCACUAGAUGACGGAGCGUCAUCCACCGGCGAACGAACCCCGACGGGAAGCGUCCGAGGCCGUAUCAAAGGGCUGAACAAGUUGUCGGGCGGCCUUUCUCGCAGCGCCAGUGGCCAAUCUACCAGCAGCAAAGGCAAGGGCAAGAGUAGCAAGAAAGGAAAGGGAAAGAGCACGGCCGAGUCUGAUGGAUCGGCCGAUGGUGAUGAGGAGGGAAUGACCGAUGGCAACAUCGAUGGUGAGGAUGACUAUAUCGUUCGGACUGAUCAUUUGGCCAAUGCCAGGGAGCAGGCUGAAUAG